GCGCGCUGCCCCGCCACUUGCAGCUGCACCAAGGAGUCCAUCAUCUGCGUGGGCUCCUCCUGGGUGCCCAGGAUCGUGCCGGGCGACAUCAGCUCCCUGAGCCUGGUCAAUGGGACGUUUUCAGAAAUCAAGGACCGGAUGUUUUCCCACCUGCCCUCCCUGCAGCUGCUGUUGCUGAAUUCGAACUCCUUCACGGUCAUCCGGGACGACGCCUUUGCGGGCCUUUUCCACCUGGAAUACCUGUUCAUUGAAGGGAACAAAAUUGAAACCAUUUCAAGAAAUGCCUUUCGUGGCCUCCGGGACCUGACUCACCUUUCUUUGGCCAAUAACCAUAUAAAAGCAUUGCCAAGGGAUGUCUUCAGUGACCUGGACUCUCUGAUUGAACUAGACUUAAGGGGUAAUAAAUUUGAAUGCGACUGCAAAGCCAAGUGGUUGUAUCUGUGGUUGAAGAUGACGAAUUCCACCGUGUCCGAUGUGCUGUGCAUUGGCCCACCAGAAUAUCAGGAGAAGAAGCUGAACGAUGUGACCAGUUUUGACUAUGAGUGCACGACCACAGACUUCAUCGUGCACCAGACGCUGCCCUUCCAGUCGGUGUCGGUGGACACGUUCAGCUCCAAGAACGACGUGUACGUGGCCAUCGCCCAGCCCAGCAUGGAGAACUGCAUGGUGCUGGAGUGGGACCACAUCGAGAUGGACUUCCGGAGCCACGACAACAUCACAGGGCAGUCCAUCGUGGGCUGUAAGGCCAUCCUCAUCGACGACCAGGUCUUCGUGGUGGUGGCCCAGCUCUUCGGCGGCUCUCACAUCUACAGGUACGACGAGAGCUGGACCAAGUUCGUCAAGUUCCAGGACAUCGAAGUCUCGCGUAUUUCCAAGCCCAACGACAUCGAGCUGUUUCAGAUCGAAGACGAGACGUUCUUUGUCAUCGCAGACAGCUCCAAAGCGGGGCUGUCGACCGUGUAUAAAUGGAACAGCAAAGGCUUCUAUUCUUACCAGUCCCUGCACGAGUGGUUCAGGGACACGGAUGCUGAGUUCGUCGACAUAGACGGAAAAUCGCAUCUCAUCCUGUCCAGCCGCUCCCAGGUCCCCAUCAUCCUGCAGUGGAAUAAAAGCUCUAAGAAGUUCGUCCCACACAGCGACAUCCCCAACAUGGAGGACGUGCUGGCCGUGAAGAGCUUCAGGAUGCAGAACAGCCUGUACCUGUCCCUCACCCGCUUCAUCGGGGACUCCAGGAUCAUGAGGUGGAACGGCAAGCAGUUCGUGGAGAUCCAGGCGCUUCCGUCCCGGGGCGCCAUGACCCUGCAGCCCUUCUCCUUUAAAGAGAACCACUACCUGGCCCUGGGCAGUGACUACACGUUCUCCCAGAUCUACCAGUGGGAUAAGGAGAAGCAGCUCUUCAAGAAGUUUAAGGAGAUCUACGUGCAGGCCCCUCGCUCCUUCACCGCGGUCUCCACCGACCGGAGAGAUUUCUUUUUUGCAUCCAGUUUCAAAGGGAAAACAAAGAUUUUCGAACAUAUCAUUGUGGACUUAAGUUUGUGAGGGUGUGACCAGUAAAGUGAAAAGAGAUGUAGCCUUAGGUCUCCCGAGAGAGGAGCGAGAAGGGGAAAAAUAAAAGUACCAGCCCAGCUGAGAGCUCGGACAUUCCAAACGCCCUGGGGGAGUAGCUAGACGUUUGCAGAUCGGUAGAACUCACAUUUUAAUCAGGGAUUGCAUUUCUUGGCUAACUGCAUGACAUGCCCACCCUGCCAUUUACAAAGACCUCUGUCAGUCCGUAAUUCCUGGGGAGAGAGCCGUCAGCAUUUACUCUUAGCAUCUGGAAAAGCAACGUGCUUUUCUAUCUUUCUAAGGAGGAAAGAGAACAUGGGAUAAGAGGGGGCAGCUCUGAUAAAUGAAAUAAAAGCAAAAACAGAAACAACUGAACUAUGGGCCCUUUUCAUUCCAUGUUAGCCUCGGAGAUUCGCUGAGGGUGAGUUAAAAGUCUGACGACACCCAGCAGGGCCAUUUUGUCCUGCUGGUUCUCUGAAAGUGACACCCGGCCCUCUUGCAUGCUCCUCCUGACAGCACCGUGGUAUUCCUGGCCCCCACAGAUGCUCGUCCUGGGAUGCGGACAGUGGAAUGUCUGACAUUGCUUCCUCUACCAUGGGAAGAUGUCCUGGUGACACAGAUCCGGGCCCAGGACGGGCUGUUGGCUCUGAAGGGAGACAAAGGCGUUGGCCCCUCUCCCUUGCAGUUUGAAGCUGACCCCGAGGUGGCUGGAGCAAUCAUGCUUCUUUGAUGCCCUCCAUGCCUCCGCUGCCCUCUGAACCCAUGCUUUGAGCUGAGGGUUACCCACAGACAGGCCGGAGACCAAACGGUGCUUUUUAUUCUGUCCCUCAGAGGGCUGGACCAGGCAUUUCCGUUUGGUGAGCUUUGGGUAGGAUUUUUGAAGUGAGGUUUCUAUGGAGUCAAAGGGACUUUCCACAGAUCGCAAUGUGCUUUGAAAUCCAGAGGUGGCCUUUUGAUUCAUGCGUGUCCUUGCCCUCUGGAGGACUUCGUGUUCCAAUGCCUGAAUGCCCACGUGCCCACUGCCUCCCUCCCUGCGCCAUCGCCGUCCCGCUUUGGCCCUCGCUGCGUCGCUGCUGCCGUCCCCAGAUGACAAGCCAGACCCCUCCAGACCAGGACGCUUCCUCCUGUCCCAGCACUUGUCACAGGAUGCCCCCAGCCCCCACGCGCUUCCCCAGGGCCACAUGCUGCCAGCAGGUUAUCCUGUGUAGGGACCGGCUUCGGAGCCAGGCAAGCCGACUGCGUGGACCAGAUCAAAGCGGGCCUCGGUGGUGCGGCCAGUAGGAACUCGCGGGUCUGCUUUUGCGGGAGGUCCUAGUGGGUGUUCUGCCAGCUUUGCCGGCCCAGACGGAGAGUAUGGGUGGAUGUUGGCAGGGGAGGCCCUGACAGAGCAGCCCCGUGAUUGCUCUUGUAGCCGUGAAAGCAGCGCCACCUCAUGGUCCCCGAGCGCCCUUUCUCCACGACGGCUGCCCUCUCAGGGCAGGUAGGUGUUUGGCACGGGUGUGGCUGUGUUCCUUAUUUUGUGGCGUGUAAGCAGUACAGACGAGGCGAUGAAUAGCACUCUGAGAACGACGCGUUGGUGCGACAUCGCUGUGGCUCUUGGGUACGUUCUGGGGCCGUGGGCUGAGGCGCCCAGUCUACCAGACCACGGAACUAACUCACAUACACCAUGUGGCUUGGAACUGUUCUUCUGAGCACCAAGCAGACACAGCGGAGGUUUGUUUCUAUCUCUGAGUGUGACCCCUCGUCCUCCUGCACUCUUCGGCCUCCUGGUUUGUCUGACUUGACUAGACACGGCCCGGGCCUUACACUAGAGGCCAGGAUCAGGCUAGGUCUACUCUUCCUCUGGCUGGAAAGAUGGGCCGUUCUUUCUGAAGCUCGGAGCCCCUCGGAGAAGCCGAGGUGGAGAAGUGGGUACUUGGCACACAGCGUAGGGGACGUUGCACCAGGUUGCAAUGGUGUACCUAAUCUUAGCUGCUUAUAAAGAAGGCAGCUAGGAUCGCUUUCACAGAGUUGCCACUGCAGAGCAGGGUGCCAGGCUCCCAGCCGUACCACUGAGGGUGAAGUCAGGGAUAAGCCAUCUGUACUCACCCCUGGGGUAGCAUGGCCUGGAAUCUGGAAUGCCAGGAAACUCAGGGUCCUGGGCGUGGAAUGGGAAUUUGGGGAGUCCAGACGGAGCACUAGAGGGAGAAAGUAAGAACUAAACCAGGUUGGAGGGGUGGCUGAGAGGGCGGGUGGUCACCGACCUCAUCUGCAAUCAGGCCAUCCUUCUGUUUGCUUUUUGAAGAAUUUCAAGCAAGAACAGAGCUUGUGGUCUACAGGGUGCCCGUGCCGUGGGAGGGGAUAUAUACUCCUGGCCAGCUUACUAAAGGAGCAUAGGUGUUCUUGGCAGAAGGUGGCGGAAGCUUUGCUUCAUUAAUCUUACUGCUCCCUCCAAUCCCUGAAGUUUUAAAACAAUUUCUCUAAGAAGCUUUCUUCCAGUAAUAAUGCAGAACAAAAAGCCAAGCAAACAACCACCACUGAAGCUCAAAGCAGAGGAGCAUGGGAGGUCCCCUUUGGAGACUGACACGAGGAGGGGCCCCUUGCUGCCUCCUCCCUCCUGUCACCUGCCGGUGCUCAUUGACUCAGCUUGUGUCUUCUCUGGCUAGGUUCUUGGACAGUUCCCUCCACGCGGUCAGCGCCUUACAGCAAGGACUUGUGCCCAGACCUCAUGGGGUCAGGACUAGGUCUCUUCUCAAGACUCUGAAAACCAGCCUUAGAUGUGAAGGGCACCGCCCUGGGCAGAGGGUAAUAAGCCCACCUUGCAUUUUGACAGAGCUUUCCUUUUCUCCAGUGUGCAUUUGUGUCCUCCCCAAAGUCAGAAAUAAUUUCAGUUUAUGGGAGGGCUGGUGUUAUUUUCAUUCCAGGGAGAGGGAAAUCGACACAGGACGGAAGCGGGUGACUUAACCAUGGUGGCCAGUUGUGACCGGCAAAGCCAGGCCUUUCCCUCUGAGCAGCAGGUGUUGUGCGUCUUUCUCUGACGCUCUGCAGCACCCUGAAAGAGAGCCUUGCGUGUUUAUCAUUUCUUCGAAUGUAGCAGCACCUUGAGAUGAGACAGAAGCGUGGCAAAAUCGGCACAGCCAGGAGGAAAACCGAGCUGAAACUGGUGCAUUUGCCAGUUAGCAAGCAGAGGCAACUGCUGUGACAGCCAGAGCCCACCCUGGAAAGCCCUCCGGAAGUGUCAGAUGGGUUUCUGUUGUCCUGACGAGGAUUUCCAGCUGGUGGGUGUUUCCACCUUUCCUUCACCCCCACAGCCAUGGGAAGGAUGCUGAGGUUCAGGCACCCCUGGUUCUUGUCACCAGCGCCCUCCAGACAAAGGCGAAGAGUUCUUUGAGGGAAAGCAUUCAAACCCAAAUGCAGGACGGAUGACGAAUAGCUCCCGGCCGUCAGCCCUUGGGGAGCACUCUGUAAAAUGGCAGUGGUGCACUUUUCUCCCGCAUCGAGUGAGAGUCUGUGUAUUUUUAGAAAAAAA